AUGCAAUUCAAUAUGUUAUUCCAUACUGGACCUUCAAAAAAUGAGCCCCAGCCUAUUAUUAUGCAAUCAAGCUCAAGUUACGAUUCUUUUAGAUCGGUAGAAGCAUCACAGGAAGAUAUGUUGAACAAUAACCUAAGCACAGAUAUUGAAAAAGAUGUAACAAAACAAUCCAAUAUAGAUCAUACAUUGGCUGAGUUUCCAUUUAAUGUUGCACAAGAUAAAUCACCAGUGAAAGAUUCAACAGUUGAGUUGGAUGAUACGCUAUCGCUACAUGAAAUUCCUUACAGUUGUUUUACAAAGUGGCAAGUUUUCACCAUUUUCUUUAUUGUUAUAUUCAUUGGAUUUCUUGGGCCAAUGUCUGGCAAUAUUUAUAUACCAGCAUUGCCCUUGUUACAGCAAGAAUUUAAGGUGUCUACUACCAUUAUAAACAGCACUGUUUCAGUGUUCAUGGGUGUAUUUGCUAUUGGCCCCCUCUUCUGGGGUGCCUUUGCUGAUGUUGGUGGAAGAAAAAUAUUAUAUAUAAUAUCUCUUCUUAUAAUGGUUGUUGUUAAUGUUCUACUAGCUGCGAUGCCAGCAGAUAUCGUCUCGUUAUAUAUUUUAAGAGUUGCACAGGCUUUUGGUUCUAGUUCUGUGAUGAGUCUGGGGGCAGGUACUGUUACUGAUUUAACAAAACCAACUCAUCGUGGUAAAGCAAUUGCCUAUUUUAUGUUAGGACCAAAUCUCGGUCCAAUUGUAGCACCAAUAAUUGCAGGUCUUAUUCUAAUGCAUGGUGAACAUUGGAGGUGGCUGUUUGGAUUUACCUCAAUAAUGGGAGGUGUCGCUUUGAUAAUGGUUAUUAUUGUUUUACCUGAAACAUUAAGAUGCAAAAUUGGGAAUGGUGACCCAGGUUGGAAGAAUUUUAGAGGAAUUAACGAUAUUCAAUCAGCAGAUGAUUCAAAUCCAGUUGUUAACCCACAAACAAAGAAAUGGAAGUUCUUCGCAGAUAUCGGUAAGUUCACACCAGCCACUGAUUGUGUUGAUUUUAGAGAGUUAUAUCCAAGUCCACCAAGGUUUAAUUUAAAACUAUAUUGGAAACUCUUAUUGGUCCUACCAGUUACUUUAACAUCAAUAGCAACAGCUUUACUUUUUGCUAAUUAUUAUGCGUUCAGCGUCACUUUAUCUCAUUAUCUGAAGGAAAAUUACAAUAUGUCUAUUCUUCAGAUUGGAGCCUGUUAUGUUUGUCCAGGUGUGUCAAUGGUGUUGGGUUCACAAACAGGUGGACACCUUUCGGAUUAUUUGAGAAAGAUAUGGUUACGGAAACACGAAGGUAAGCAAUAUCCACUUGAGUUAAGACUUGUAUUGCAAUAUCCUGGUAUUUUAAUCAACACUUUAGGUUGUGUUGGAUAUGGAUGGGCCAUUCAUAAACAUUAUCCAUUGGUUGUUGUUCUGGUAUUUUCUGCACUAAAUGCCUUUGGUUUGACGUGGUGUAGUAACACCACUAUGACUUACUUAACAGAAUUAUUAUCACGUAGAGCUGCCGGAGCUGUGGCAUUGAGUAGUUUUUUUAGAAAUGUAGCAGCUACAAUUAGCUCUGCUGUUAUUAUCAAGUUCACUGAAAUGCUUGGGAUUGGAAUGUCCUUCACUGUCCUUGGGUUAUGUAAUAUCAUUUCAUUAGUCUCCAUCUUUUACAUUAUCAGGUAUAGUGGAACCUGGCAAAACAAGGUCAAACAUAUUUGA